AUGAACAGACAAAAACCCUCUCUUGGAAUUGAAUUACUGACCAGCAUACAUUGGGCACAGGAAAAUCUGCGUGCCAUCUGCGGACACCUGCGGACACAGGUUGCGUGCCAGUUGCGAACCGAAAGGAAGUAUCUGCGGUCACUUGCGUGCAGACCAAUCCAGUUGCGUGCACAUUAG